AUGCCUCCCAAAUCUGCCAAAAAGCAACCUCUGACGUUUGCCCAAUUGGCGGCCUAUGAUGAUAUACUGACAGAUGCGCUGGUCGACCACACAUUCUACUGGACAACGAUUCCAAAGAACAGACCAUCAUACCAUGCCUCCCGCGGAGUCAAGCAAGAUGAAGUCACCAAGAUAGUGAAGGACCAUGUGAUUCUCGAGCCGAACGUCAAGCUGGCCGAGGAGAAGAUGCUGGCCACGGACGGGCUCAAACGGUUCUGCAAUGGGCUCAAGACGCCCAAGGAGAAGGAUGACUUUCGCGCACACCUACGCCGCUACCUCUCCAUCUACCUGCCCGAUUGCCCUUUCGAGGUGAACUCGACCAACCGAUAUACCAUCUUCACCCACGAGGCCAGUGUCACCGCGCGACGCCCGAUCAGGAAGAACGAGAUCAUCAAGGCCUUGUGCGGCAUUCAGGUCGUAAUCUCGCCUGCCGAGGAGGCCGAAAUUGCCAAGCGCAAGAAGGAUUUCUCCAUUGUCAUUAGCUCACGCAGCAAGAGCACCAGUCUGUUCAUGGGUCCUGCACGCUUCGCCAACCACGACUGCGGCGCCAACGCCAGGUUGAAGACGGCUGAUCAGUCCAUCAUGGAGGUCCAGGCGCUUCGCAACAUCGAGGUUGGCGAAGAGAUAACGGUCACGUACGGCGAUAAUUAUUUUGGGGAGGACAACUGCGAAUGUCUGUGUAGGACGUGCGAACUCAGCAGGGUGAAUGGUUGGGCAGGUGACGAGGCCGAUGGGAACCGUGGCUUUGAGAAAAGCAUCGAGGAAGACCAGGGACCUCCCGCAGGCUAUUCACUGCGACGAAGAAGGCGCGACGGCAGCACGAGCCGCGCCAUUUCUAGGGAUUCAUCAGUCACGCCCGACCUGCGACCGCGAAUUCGGAAGACGCGGUCCAAGGCGCAGCUCUAUACCUCUGACAGGGCUUCGACGGUUGAUUCAGAAGCCUCUGGGAACCUCACAGCGAAACGGAAACGCGAACUCGAUACACUGGCCAGUCCACCAUUCACGCCAGCGAAGAGACAAAAGAUCGCGAGCGGACUCUCUGAGAUGGUCAUGGCGGAUUUGCCACCUCCUGCGAGCAUGAGCACUCCUCCAGAGAGCUCAGUCGGGCAGCUUAGCAGGCAGUCAUCUGUGUUUGAGAGCGGAACAUCGGAACAACUUGUUGAGUCCUCCGAUGCCACAACACCAGAGCAUGACAGCUCCGAUUCGAGCACACCCCCUCCCAAGUCAGGCGUGGACGAGAUGGGCCCGCAGCCAGUAACCUCGUCAUUGGAACCAACUAGAAACGGUAGCCAAGGGCUCGUACGAAAGCCUUCCUUGAAGGGCGCCUCAUGCGCAGGGACCAGCACAUCCACCCCAAGCUCAUCGCGGGCGGUGGAACUUGGUUCACCGUCAGAUGUGAUGCUCAUGCCACCAUCGAGACCAAGCACUCGAGAAAAGGUAUCUAUGAUGCAAGGUUCCGAAGCAUCUACGGAGGCAACUGUUGUAAAGGCCGAGGCGUUUGAACCAAAUGCCGUCACAGUCGUCAACAGUGUCGAAGCUGAUCUUGCUUCAGUAAAUGCUGGUGAAGUAGCACGCAUCGCGAGUAAAAUCGCCUUGUCUACCGAGACAGAUAUUAAACCAGAACCCUCCAACACAGCUGCUCCAUGUGAGACGACUUUGGACAAUGGAGCCAGCUCCAGGUCCAAGAAGGCCAGGGGAGACGAAAUAGAUCGACCUUGUCAACAAGGGCAGAGCAGAAAACGUAUACCGGGCGACUACACACUGACACCUGUCCUCUUGUCGGAGCCAAUGACGGCUUGGGUGCACUGCUCCAACUGCGCCACGGCCUUUGUGCAGCGGGAUGCGUAUUACACGCGGGCAAAUUGUCCACGCUGCGAACGCCACAGUAUUCUUUACGGCUACGUGUGGCCCAAGACGGAGCCUGAAGGGUCCGACGAUGACGAGGAGCGCGUUCUUGACCACCGAACAGUUCACCGGUUCUUGGACCCCGAGGACGAAGCCAAGGUCCGCGGGAGGAAGCUUAGUGCGUGGCUUGUCAACAAGAAGCUCGCCGAGGCCAAAGCGGCCGAGGCUGCUGAGGCUGCAAAGAACAAGAAGACUCAGAAGAAGCAGCCGGCAAAGGUUGUCAAGAAGGCGGUUUCAAAGACGACAAUGACCACUGCAACAAAAGUCACAAAAGUGGCAUCAAAGGCUUCUUCUGUUUUUGGCAGGGUUACCAAGGCGGGCUCUGCCGUGUCGGAAGGCCCCAAGGCCGGUAAGGGGAGUCCUGCGACCCUCUCAAAGAAGACAAUCAACUCCAAGGUCGACCAUGGAGAGACUGUCGGAGAUUCCAUCACUUCAUCAGCCUCGCCCACAGCUGACAAGGGCGACUGUACGACAAGCGCGGCUCUAGCACAACAGCUUGGGGCGUACACCGACACUAAGUUUGCUCUUGUUGACGAAGACGAGCCUGAACAGGAAGGUGGUGACAAUAAUGCGAGGGGCAAGAUUGAUGAGCGCAAGGAGUCUUCAGUUCUUCGGCAGAGGCGACUAUCGUUGGAUUCUGCGGGCAACAGGCGGCGCAGUGGCCGGGCGUACACCCUCAUCAACGUGACGACCGUUUCGUCGAGCCGCGACUUUGACUCGCCGCUCCGCCUCAAGGAAUACGGCGACAAGGAGGCCAUGGCCAGCCGGCCCGAGAUGAACUGGCCAAGCAUCGACGAGAACUGCCGCUUCUGUCCCUCCAAGAAGGUGCGGUACACGACGCUCCAGACGCGUGGUGCCGACGAGGGGAGCACGGUGUUUUAUUUCUGCGAGGGAUGCAGCCAAAAGUAG